GCUAAGAUCUACUCAUUAUAAGUUGCAGGGUCCAAAAAAUAGAAAAAAUAAAAUAAAAACCCUAAUUAAAUCUGCCGGCCGCCGUCUCGAACGAUCCCCCACUCUUUUUUCCGGCGAGCGAUUGCAGACGUUCUCAAGCUUACUCGACAGCACCAGAGCACGUCGUCUACAUAAUUGGCCGCUGUCUCGCCGUUUGGUCAUCCUCGUGUGCACCGCCUCACUGCUUCAUGAAUUCUAGUUUUUUGCCUGUGCAGCAGUUUGGUAUUUUUCACGUCGUUGGAAAUGGAUGGUGCUAGGAAGGAUUCGUAUGUCAAGUGGGUUAAAUGCUGAAAAUAGAGAUCUGGAUGGAUGAAGUAAAUCAAGGUCAUGGAAAAGUUACAAAUUCCUCAAAUACGGACAUGAUGGAACCUCCGUACUGCAGAUUAUUCUCUGAUAAUUGUGAUAUGAAGUCAUCUUUUAGAAAGCCCACCAAUAAUGCAGAUUUUAGGAAGUAUCGCUGUCAUAUGCCUAUGGUAGAUCAUCUUUAUUUUCAUCUUGUGGAAAGAUAAGCGUCUAUUGAAGUUAAGGAGGAUAAUCUUGAAUACUGAUGGGAAGGCUCCUUGCGAGAAGCAAAAUGCUGGAGAAUUGCGCCUUCACCAAGGUUGAUGGUUCUCAUCCAUUUUUCUGGAAUAGCAUCAUUAGACGCUUCGAGCGAAAUCAAGAACCACGGAAAGCUAUAAUUACAUUCUGUCAUAUGAUGCAGAGAAACAUAUCUCCUGACAAGUUCACCUUUCCUUUCAUACUCAAAGCCUGUGCGAGUGCUAUGGCCCUGAGAGAAGGUGAGCAAAUUCACUGUCAUGCCAUCAAGAGUCCAUAUAAUUCGGAUCUGUUUGUUCAGGGCUCAUUGAUAUUCAUGUAUGCCAGCUGCCAAGAGAUUGAUUCUGCUCGUGCUUCAUUUGAUGCGAUGCCCUACAAGAAUUUGAUCAGUUGGAAUAUGAUUAUUGAUGCCUAUAUUAAACAUGGAAGACUAAAUACUGCUCUUGAGAUUUUUGCGCAGAUGCCGGAACGUGAUUUGUUCUCUUGGAAUUUAAUGAUUGAUGGAUUUGUGAAAAAUGGACAGAUGGAGUUUGCCCAAAGGAUGUUUGAUGAGAUGCCUGGAAGAGAUAUUGUUUCCUGGAAUUCUAUCAUUAACGGAUAUGCAAAGUGUCGAGACAUGACAACAGCAAGGAAAAUGUUUGAUCAGAGUCCAUUCAAGGAUGAAGUCACUUGGGGAAUUAUGCUCAACGGGUAUGCAAAGUGUGGCCGAAUCACCACUGCCCAUAAUUGGUUUGAAAAGCUACCAUAUAAAAAUGCAAUCAGUUGGAAUUGUUUGAUAAACAGGUAUCUUAGAUGUGAUGAUGUUAAAUCAGCACAAAAGUUGUUCGAUUUGAUGCCAAACAGAAAUGUCACUUCCUUUAACAUCAUGCUGGAUGACUACAUGAAGAAAGGUGAGUUACAACUCGCAUAUCAAAUGUUUUACAAUAUGCCUGUGAAGGAUGUUACCUCUUGGAACAUUAUUAUCGAUGGGAAUGCUAGACUUGGAAGAAUGAAGGUAGCAAGAGAGUUGUUUGAUGUUAUGCCAUGUAGGGAUGUGGUUUCAUGGAAUUCAUUGAUUGCUGGGUACAAGGAGAAUGGUGAAUCGAAAGAAGCAAUUGAGGUAUUUAUCAAGAUGAUUAUAUCAGGGAAAAAGCCGGACAACUCGACUUUAGCUAUGGUUCUCUCAGCAGUUGCUGAUUUAGGCCUUAUUUUCCAAGGUAGAUGGAUUCAUUUGUACAUCGAUAAGCAUGACAUUCCUCUGGAUGGCAUUGUUGGGGUUGCGCUCAUAGACAUGUACUCCAAGUGCGGUUAUGUCGAUAUUGCUCUGAGUAUCUUCAAUAGCAUACCUCAAAAGGAAAGAGAUCACUGGAAUUCUAUGAUAUCAGGGUCUGCAGUGCACGGCCGUGGUAAUCUCGCCAUCAACUUAUUUGAAAAGAUGCAAAGAUCAAUGGUAAAACCAGAUGAUAUAACUUUUAUUGGUCUUUUGAGUGCCUGCAGUCAUGCUGGCCUAGUCGCCGAGGGCCGUAGGUAUUUUAACCUUAUGAUCUCCAAAUACGAAAUAACUCCCAAGAUUCAGCAUUAUGGUUGCAUGGUAGACCUGUUAAGCCGCGCAGGUCAUCUAGAGGAGGCAAUCUCCCUGGUCAACGACAUGCCGCUGAGAGCUAACGAUAUCAUCUGGAGAGCCCUUCUUGGAGCUUCCAAGAACCAGAGUAAUGUCGAAAUAGCCGAACGUGCAGUGAGAAACCUGAUCGAGUUGGAUCCUUGCGAUAGUAGUUCCUAUGUGCUGUUGUCGAACAUAUAUGCUUGCAGGGAUCAGUAUGACAGUGCCGGGGAAGUGUGGAGAACCAUGAAGAGCAAAGGGGUUCCUAAGAACACUGGCUGUAGCUGCAUAGAGGUCGAUGGUGUCAUCCAUGAGUUCACUGUAGGACACAUUGCACACCCGCAGAUCGUCUUAUUGUUGCAUAGCAUGACACAGGCAUUAAGAUUGGAAGGCUAUUUGCCAUGUUAAAAAGGCUUAGUUUGCUUGGUCUUCACGAGUGAUGCUCGACCGAUAAACUCAACUCGGGAACUAGGAAUUAAUUGAUCUGGUUCUGGUUAAGAAUGUUUUUAGAACUGGACUUGACUGAUCGGUUCAACUGGUAACUCAGGAAUAAUUGGGAGCCAAUCAAUUCGGUUUGAUCAUCCCUGUUGAGUUCAGUUUGGGCUCGCUUCAACCAGAAACAAAUGAAACCAGUAAGUUUGUCAUUUGGUUUGUGUGCAUGUCCAGUUAUAGAAACAAUAGUUUGUGUUGGAUGACUGGGAGAAUUAAUGAUUUAUAACAAACCAAAUCUAAAUAAAUUUGCAUUUCCAAGUUUAUGCUA